AUGAAUCAAAUUCGCGCCAUCCAGGCGCUUAACAAGCGCGAGAUCGAAAACGGCGUGCCGCCCGAGGCCUCGUGGCAUACCGACUACCGCGACACGGCCUUCGUCUACUUUGGCGGUCUGCCGUAUGAGCUAUCCGAAGGCGACGUCAUCACCAUCUUCAGUCAGUUUGGUGAGCCCGUGUUCCUCAAGCUGGCGCGCGACAAAGAAACGGGCCGGUCCAAGGGCUUCGGCUGGCUCAAGUACGAGGACCAGCGCAGCACCGACCUGGCCGUCGACAACCUAGGCGGCGCCGAGAUCGGUGGCCGCAUGGUGCGCGUCGACCACGCCCGCUACAAGCUGCGUGACGACGAGGACCCCGAAGAGUGCAAGAUCGGCUGGGAGGACAUGCUGCGCCGCGAGCGCGCCGAGAAGGGCCUGCCGAGUGGGGACGAGGACGAGACGGACGAGGAGGCGGCGGCAGCGGGGCAGCACACAAUGCCGAUGCUCAAGGAGGAGCGAGAGUUGCAGUUGUUAAUACAAAAUCAUGACGACGACGAUCCCAUGAAGGAGUUUCUUAUCGACGAGAAGAAGCAAGAAAUCGAGGAGGCGCUGCGGCGGGAGAAGAGACGGUCGGAGAAAGAGAGCCGGAAAAAUAGGGACAAGGACAGGCAUCGGCACCGCUCGCAUCGGUCACGAAGGGACGACAGCAACGACGAGGGCUAUGGGAGAGACAGAGAAAAAUACAGAGACAGAAAAAACGCCGCCGGGAUUCUCGGGACCGCAACCGUAGUCGAGAAAGCCGUGAGGACGGAGACCGAGAGAGAAACGGAGCUCGUCGCCAUGGAGACGACCGAGACGAUGAUCGCCACAGGAAAGAUCGUGAUAGACAUCGGCGGCACGCCCGGGAGAGCUCGCACGAUCGCGGCGAGCGUCGACACCGGGCCUUGGAGGAUAGAGGACGGCACGAUAGGGAGAGAAGUCGAAGCCGCUCGCCGCGCCCCGUUAGGGACUAAGGGUGCUUGCUAA